UCGAAGCGGACGCGAUCUCUGGAUGCCGGCGUUGGUGAAUUCGCGGCUAGUGACUCACGUACACGGUUAACGCAGGUCGACAUUCUUGCACACGACCUGUACACAACACACGCACAAUGGAGAAUGGAGUGGUCGAAUGGAAUGGAAAAUGUGAUGUUCCCUUCCGCUAACAAUGCGUUCAGUAUGUGAUGUAAUGUGAUGUGAUGAUGGUGCGGAUACCGCUGGCGAAGGAUUAAAGGAAUGUUGUUUGGUGUUGGUUGAAGCAAAUUAAAAUCAUGGCAAAUAAUGAAAUCGUCCACUGAUUCUACGAUGGAGUUUCGUUAAGGUGUGGUGCAAGUGAUCCCCGAAGCGGAAGCUUAAAUCAUUCAAUGAAGUGAAGGUGAAGAAAGGAAAACAUUAAGAUUACAGUGCUGGAAAACCUUUCGACGGGGGGAAAUUUCGCAGGAAAUGUUCGGCGGUCGUGAUCAAGCUGUUUUUUGUUGGUUUUUUGGUGAUGUGAGAAAGAAGAAGCUGUUAUUCGAUUAAAUCGAGCGGAAAGUGAUUUGAUAAAGCAAAUCGCAAAGAAAAGCUCGCCAGGAAACGAUCGAAACGCGAAAGGGCGGUGGAAAGGUUCUUUGGAAAAACGAAGGCAAAAGAUUUGUGUUUUCUUCACGCUCCUUCGCUUCUUCUUGUUCGCGUUCGGUCAGUGCCAAAAAAGGGGACAUCAUCCGGAGCAGCAUCCUUCCAGCGGGCAGAGCACAGAGCGUACAGCGUCCAGCACCCUAAUUGCCAAACCGGAAGGACUUCAUUACCAGUCCAGGAUUCGUGGCACCGGCACCGGACCGGACGCGUACGCCCAUCUUUCACGCAGGCACCCGGCCAAAGGAUCGUCGAAAACAACCGUCAGUGGCUCGUUCAGUGACGACAAAUAAAUAAGCUUCCAACACCAACCACCAACAGAUCUGAUCGACAUCCAGCCAAACUCACGACGACGAGCAGAACAGUUUCCCAGCCCCAAAACCGCAAAUGAAACCGAUGAUCAUCGGACGUACUGCACGACACAAACACAAUUGUCAAUUCCGUUCGUAUGUGUGCCUGUGCCCGCUACUGCAUGUGUGUGCACCGAUCAAAAGUGAAACACGGUGAUGCAUCCGUAAAUGAACUUGUGUCUGCAAGCUAGUACAAUGAUGCUGUUGGGGGUUAUGUGACUGACGUCUGGUAUUUUAGAGUGAACUCAAACGAAGCGGCAUUUGAAGUAGUUUAAGUGACAACAGUGUUAAGUGAAACAAUAAACCGUAGUUAUCACAGCUUUUAAAUCCGCAUUCUAGAAAAAAAAACAGUACCACAAUGAAUUUAAACAUAUCUAUCCGAGCGACGGUACUGAUUACGGUCCUCGCCCUAGUCUCCGGGACAAUGGCAGCCAACGCAACCCGUAAGUGUCCCAACGAUUGUCGCUGCGAGCGUGACAAGGAAGGACGGUACAGUGCGGUUUGCAACAAAGUGGAAUGGAUCAUCCCACCACUAUCCCAUUUCGAGCCGGACGUAGAGAUACUCGUAAUCUCGAACACGCGCCACCCAAUCAACGUGGGACCACAGUUUCAGUUCUUCAAAAAACUCGAAAUCCUACGCAUCAUUAACGCGAACAUACCGUCGGUGGGCGAUCGUUCCUUCUGGGGCCUGGUACGGCUGAAGCUGAUAGACAUCUCGCACAACAACAUUACCCAGCUGUCGAUGGAAAACUUUCGCGGCCAGGACAAUCUGAUCGAGCUCGAUCUAUCCCGCAAUCGGUUGGACAAUAUCGCUAGCGGCACGUUCGGUCAUUUGAAGGAACUGAAAAAACUUCAUCUGAUCGAUAACUCCAUCACCGAGUUCAAUCAGCGAUUAUUCCUGCAUCUGGCCAAGCUAAAGUACCUGGACCUGAGCCACAACUCUAUCGACGAUCUGCCACCGGAAGUGUUCAAAGAUGUACAGGAUUUAAAAACACUCAAAGUGCGAGGAUGUCGCCUGUCCAACAUUAACCCACAGAUCUACAACAUUCUGUCUCACCUGACGGAGCUUGACUUGGGUCAAAAUCAGAUAAAGUUCCUCGACCGGGAAGAGUUUAAGGACUUGGUGCAUCUGGAAAAGUUACGCCUCGACGGCAACCAGCUGUCAGUGAUUGUCGAUGAACUAUUCAUUUCCCAGAAGGGACUCAAAUAUCUCGAUGUUUCCCGUAACCGGUUGGCCAAGAUCGCAGACCGGGCGUUCGAGAACCUGACCAGCCUUAUCUAUCUGGACGCUUCGUACAACAAGCUGUCCCACAUUGAGCCGGCCUGCUUUCGCCCACUGCGCAAUCUGAAGACACUGAACAUUAGUGGGAAUUUGCAGCUGGACCUGAGCGAAAUGGAGGACACGAUACAGGUCAUAAAGGACAUCGAAGGGCUGAUGGUGGCCGAUAUGGGUGCGCUGCCACCGAACCUCUUCAGCCCAUUCCGGCAUCUGCUCGAACUCAAUCUGUCUGGCAAUCAUAUCGAUAACAUCACGCUACAAAUCAUCGAACCAUUGCACCACUUGAAGUUCUUGGAUCUGUCCCGGAAUCAGCUGAACGGUAUCCCGGAACGGUACGCCACUCAGCUCGCACGAAUCGACGACGUCAAGCUGGAGAACAACCCUUUGAUAUGCGACUGGUGUCACAUGGGACCGCUCAUCACACAGACGAAAAAGCUAAACCGACGUCUUCCGUGGCAGGAAGUUCCACGCUGCUUUCUACCGGAACGACUUCGCGAGGUGCGCAUCGACGGCCUGCACCAAGACGGUGUGGAGGACUGUAUGGAGGUGAUAGUGGACGAGGAUCAUGAUGCUGCCAGCACAUCGCACAACUUUCUCGAGCAAGCGGGCAGCGUUAGCAUACUGGCAGCCUGUGGGCUGAUCAUAUUCAUCGUGCUUGCCAUCAUCGUCGUGUCCACGGCGCUCUGUCUCUCGAGGCACCGGGCGCGCUAUUACACGCACGAGGAUAAACGAGACACAAUACUCGAGAAAAACGCGGAAACCCCCAUUAUCACGACGGGCAGCGAAAUCAACUUCAAGUUCCCGUACAACGAGCGGGUCUGCACGAUCGACGAAAUGUGCAUCCCGCCACCACCGCCACCGCCCGGCAAACUGGCCCCCGCCAGCAUCGAACGGUUCGAUUAACGAACGGAACCAGCGGUCCGCAUCGGGGCGGAUGGGCUACUGCCAUCCUCGACACCCGAUCCGGUCGCCGAAACUGUUGCCCUGAUCGAGCUAACGGGCAGCCAUCCCGGUUCCAAGGAUUCGCUGCUGUCCGCAGCCGAUGGGCACAGCACGCGAACCGUCACCAUUAGCAGCAUAUCGCAGAGUGCCGACAUACCGAUACCGGAUGCACCCUCGACCGGCGGUGGUCCCGCUGCGAAGCCCUUCACACCGAAAAGCAUCCUCCGAAAGCGUACCGAUACGGGGCUCUAGGUUGGAUCCUAUCACAUGCACUUGUAAAUAGUUCCAUCCCGCUGACGGGGUCAUCAUCAUCAUCCGGAUACGCCGAUGUACGUCAGGUGAAUUUUAUGCAUUAAGAAGCACCCUUCGGAAGAAAAAAAACGCUGUAUCCGUGUCAAACGGGAAGCAUUUAAUCUAAGCGCAAGCGGACACCCGAAUGCGUGCGAAGUGUGUUAUUAGUUAUUAAUUAUAAUCAGGCGGAUUUUUAGCGAUGAAGUUGACAGAUUGCAAACGUUUACGGUGAGGGAAUUUCUGACUCCCAUCGGCAACAGGGAGCCGUGACGUGUGCAGGUUUAUUGCGUGAGAAUCCAACUUGUACAUACUACACACACACACACACACCCGUAAAACACACCCGAUAUUUCCUCGGAUUUUGCUGCUCGCAGUCAAAUGAACCAACCAACGUCAAGUGACUCCCUAGCGUCCUUUCGAUCGUGCGUGCGUGCGUCAAAAAUCCCUUUUGUUCAGCCGCCGUGGCUGAUCCUGCUGCUGCUGAAGCUCUUGAAGCGGAUAUUUGGGAAAAUCAUCAUCAUCGUUCCGGUAAAGGCGAAGCCGUCUGCCCUCGAGGUGCCGCCUCCCAAAUCCCUACGCGAGAUUAAUGGUGUGCGUUUGGGGAGGAUUUGUUGGGUGGUUUUUUUUCCUUUUCCUGUGCGUAUGAUCCCACGCGCAACUCAACAGAUGCUGAUGGGUUUCCUCAGCAAGCGUGCCUGUUGGUUUAAGCCUUGUUCCAUCACAUUGUCACGAUGACAAUCAUGAUGGGUUUAUAAUUUUACAACCCAAAUCCCUACCGGUCGACCCGACCUGGCUUGCAUGUUGGCUUACACCCGUGACAUGAUUCAACGACCUGUGUGCCAACCCGGUGUUUGCGAUUAUAACCUUACUCCGUACACCUACGAGUUUUGGGGAAGUACUUCUGAUGUUGGCGAUGAGGUAGUGAAACUGACACGGAGCUUAGUUCUAUAAAGUUCCCUUAUUCAAUCAUGCCCAAAAAUCAAUGUCCGAGUAUGAUCGUUUUGGUUUUCAAUUAAACCACAAAUUUUUCAUUCAGGAAUCCAGGAAUUUGACUGGGUGCACCCGAUUGCAACCGUUAGAUUUUGGGCGUUCAUCACACAAAAAAGCUAACCAAACAAAAAGCCGCUUUUAAAAAUGCAAUCAGUUACGAAAUCUACCGAUGACAUUCGUUUACUCAAUAAGCUAUCGGUUAGGGCGAACGAAUAACAGAAAAAGCCCCCCCCCCCCCACCCCCCACUCCACCUAACAACAAAAACACAAUCAAAAGCGCAAAAAAACCGUUUUACGCGAAUCGCGAAUAAAACUGUAUCAAAGCCAAUUCGCGCGUGCACUAUGACAGCGAUGCCGGUCGCUAGCUACUAUCGUAAAAUAUAUGUGUGACAGAGGAUGGUAAAUUUUUUUGCCCCCGGUCAGAGUGGUGCGGUGGCUUAGAAACGGUGGCCCAACACACAAUAAGAACAAAUGCGAGUUCCCAUCGGAAUGUUGUUGCGUCUACGCGUGGCGGUUUUUUGUUUCCUCUUUUUCGGCGCUUGUCAACAUAAAACUCCGACACACGGUGGCAAACCGCAGCGGUUACUGUCGGUGGUAUAUUGGGCCCGCUACGCUCACAAUAAUGUUACCGAUGGUUACCGACCGCACCAGGAAUAGCAACAACAGGAACAGGAAUAGCGCGCUGCAAGAGGAGUUCCACACCAACCGUUUAAGCAGAGACCGCCGACGCCAACCAAACCGAACUGCGUGUUUUAGAACCCGGGGGAAAAAAAAGUGUUCCGUUUUUUGGUGGAUGCCAUCAGGGAAAAUGUCAACCGGAGUAUUAAAUUCUUUCCUUCGUUUUUUUUAACUGGGAUUAAAAGUACUUUUCCUAUUUAUUUGGCGAUGGUUCCCGCAAGCCCACAUUUAUUACUGCAAUACAGUGUGGAUGCGGAAACAUCGAGCGCGAGUGUUGCAUAAAUCAGACAAAAUGGUCAAACAUUUCUAUGGUGGGAAUAUGUCACCGCCCGGUACGGACACUGACGAUUUGUGCUAACCGUUUGUGGGUGGGGUGAUUCCAUUGAUCUAACAGCAGGCCAUUUGCACUGUCUAUAGACAGGUACUUGUGUUAUGGACAGGAUACAGUUACACCCAAGGAAUUGAUAUAUAGGGCAAUAUGUAUUUGUACAAAAGCGUUGCUGAUGGUGUAGCAACGCUUUGAUGAGAUAUUUAUUCCGGCUCGUUUACUAUUACCGCACAACACACGUAGAAAUGUGUUUCACUUAGCAAAGGUGCAUCAUCGUCGUCGAAGUCAAUGUUCCCAUCGCUAGUAGUUUGUAUCUUACAUGGAGUGGACUUAUUUUUACUGACAAGCAUGGCAUGCAUGGUGAGCGUUUACAGCGCCAUAUUUAUAACCAUGUUGACAGAAUACGACCUUCCGAAUGUCCUUCCCGACACGGCACAUUUAAUUCAAUUGACUUCUCAUUCACCAUCGGCAAAAACCCCUUUGGCAGCGGCAAUAACCAUCCACCAAAACACACUCAUAAACCAACAUUAGUGUCAUCGUUUGCUGUAAAUAAGAAUGGGUCUAUGCGGCAUGGGAUGGCCUAGUCUAGUGGGUUGCUGAUUGCCGUUAGAAGGAAACGGAGAGGAACGGAAUUCGUUUUUCUUCACGCAACAAAAAAGGGAUCAUUACUUCUGCUUAAAGCUAAGAACCUUUCCAUCGCUAGCGGUUCUUGAAGCGAAAGAUAAGAGCGUUGGGUUUGAUGGGGUUUUUUUGUCAAUAAUGUUACUUUUUGAUGUGAUGGUUCGUACUACUCUUUCGGUUCACGUUUCAUGAAAAUUCUUUAGAUUUGAAAAAAAUAUGUUGAGCUAAUUCUAUCAAGUGUCAUCCUAGCAUCUCAUCAGAACCGCCUAAAGGUAUGCAAUAGCCCGCGCGUGUUCAUUUACAUCAUACAAUCAUACCAAUCAUGCUAACGACUAAACCGACAGCAAAAGUGAGACGAAUUAGACGUGGCUACAUUCCGCGCCGAACCAAACAAACCAACAGGGGCAGCCGGCAGCGAACGAAAAUUCCUAAAAUAUUUUCACCCAAAAACUUCUGUCACAGGUAGCAGCAGCUUUGCCGGCGCAGCGGAUGAAUGGGCGGAAUUUCGAAAACAAAACAGCAGCCCUUCCGACAAAGUUACGGAUCCACGAUCCGUAACGCAAAUUCAUCACCCGCCUGUUUGCGUCCUCCCCCUGCCCGACUCGGCUCCCUGUUUUGAAUGAAACGACGAAAGCUCUUGGAUUUCCUGACGAAUUCCAAAUGGUGGGUACGCAGAAUUGAGGAAUUAAAUUUAUCAAAAUAUUAAUUCACUCGCUUGCGACGUUGGAGCUCAAGCCGACCGUUCUGCUCCCCGCGGAACACACGGCUCAGGGUUUGUGAAGCGGAGGGUUACUUAAUUUUGAAAUUGCCCUCCCCAAAACCGAAAAAAGCUCCACUUUCGCUAAGAAGCCGCGCUGACGCGCUGAAAGCUGAGGUAUAAUUAAUUACCAUGAUAAAUAUUCACCGCCAAGCUCGUUUGGUAUGAGCUCGGUUUUUUGGUUCUUUCGCCCCAAACAUCAUCCCAUCACACAUCAUGGCUUAGCCGGGGAACCUGGGCACAGGCAGGCGGGUAAAAGGAUUGUGAUGUGUCGCGGGCGUAACCGAAAAGUGAGAGUAAAUUAAUGAUAAACACAGCCGGGCAAAGGCACACGCACGACACCGGUAUCCUCAUCCCGUUAGGAAAUCAUCCUCCGCCUUUUUUUGUUGUUUCUUCAUUGGGGAGAGUUCACAAAACUGGGCUUAAUAAAGCCACUACUAUAUCAUCAGCUCGAAAGGGAUAGCAUUUUGACGAAGCGAUUCGCUUACAUCGGCGUCAAUGCAUCAAAAAGAAACGAAAAAGGGACAAAUCUCUUAGGUGACAGACACGCGAAACCGGGAUCUGGAAAAGCUGAUUAUAGAAUCAUUACAAGGUUACGUUGUCAUACCGGUUGCCUACCCUUAGGCACUUAUUUGGGCAGAUAAUUGACAGACUGGUUUCGAAGGAGUGAUUUAUGCUCGUGCUUUUCAAGCAUUCUUUCACAAUUGCAUUUUGCCCAUAAAAAAGCAUAUUUUAUAAUACAAGCACCCGCAAUUCUACUCCCCCGUAGUGGCAUAACCCACUCAAUUUUUGUACAAAUAGCUGGGCCAAAACAAAAAGUUUUAUCUCCCAAGGCACAGGCAGCAAACAUUCCUCGGCACAAGUUUGAUUUUUUUUUUGCUGUUUUUCCACCCGACGAAUCGAGUGCACAACGAGUGGGAACGAAAUGAGAUCCACCAGUGAAAGCAGUGCGAUUCGAGGGGGGGACGGGCCAAAAAAGGGAUUAGACGCUGUGCAGUGCAUCGUUUGCACGGAAAGGGAACAUUUUUCAAUUAAAAUACAAACAAACAGACGCAAAAACGCGAAACGCACGGAUCGGGAAAGGGAAAAGGGAGCGUGGGGAGCGAUGAAAUAAAUAAACAAAAAAUUUCCCUGCCACGAAACAACCCAGGAAAGCGGGAAAACCCCCGAAUAUAGGACCCGAAAAGAUUAUUUAAAAAAACGAAACGUUGCAAUGUUUUAAGACAACUUUAACUAAAGGGAGAAGUAUUGCAAUAGAGCGAAAUUGGUCGAUAAAAAAAUGUUUUUUGCAAGUCGAAAAACACAAACACACACACACAGCAACACAAAACAAGAAUAGAAGUAAGGUUUAAGCUUAAGUAGAUAAGUGAACCGUGAAAGGGGGAAGGAAAAAAAAGAUUUAUUACGAGUUGCGUGCGAGUUGUGAGUGUAUAAUCAUCCAGAUGUGUAUAAUGCGUGUUAGUAGAUCAAGAUCCAUCCUUUCCCUACAUUUCCCAGCCCCACAGAUUCAGCCCCAAAUCCAUUUUACUACUAGAUGAUGUAGCGAGAAAAACAAACGGAAUUAUGUAUAAAAUGCGUUGGGUGGACGCAAACAAGCGGAAAAUUUAACACACAAAAAAACAACAAACCGAUGGAAAGAGAAUUCGAGACUCGAAGAUUAGAAUAGGGAAUUGGUAAGCUAACUUACACACCGAUUAACACGGACAUGAUUUUAUUUAAAUCCGGUAUUACAUGGUUAAGCGUACUCUCUUUCUCUCUCUCUCUCUCGCUCUCUGUGUCUCUUGUUUGUAUCAUUGUGACUAUUUCUACAUGACCAUUUUGUUGUGUGCCGCAGUGAAUCUCUUGUUUUGUACUAAGCCAUUUCCACGCUAACCACCCCAAAGGGCCGCGAAACUCUAGGCACAAGUAGGGGGUGCAUGGGUGCAAAAUCAUUAACCCCGUUUUUGGAAGAAAAGUAAUAAAACGGUUUCCUUACAAACAUACACAAAAAACACGUAAACCACCAGCCAUCUCGCUACGUUUAAACCCCCCCGAGAAACGCGAAACGUGCUAAGGGAAUAAUUCAUUACAUGGUCGACGAUUCCACGGAAACUGGAAACGCAAUUUGCAGUUAAAUUUUCCUUCCUCUCCACAAUGCGGACAAGAGUUUCGUGCGAAGGUUAAAAGGCGCGCAGGGUUCCCGAGCAUUGCACGGGAACGGCAAGUGCAAUUGUAACGGAAUUUGCAAGGGAAAUUACAUGGCGAAGCCGUUCCGUUCGAGUGCUAUGAGUUAGUUCUGACGGAAUUGGAAUUGGUGGGCUCGCAAGAGGAAGAGAGAGGAGAGAGGAAAAACAAUAAUAAACACUCUCACACCACACCACCAUUACCACUAUAUGAUGGUAUUUGUAUAAAAAA